CGCUUUUGUACAGACACAGGACACUGAGCAGUGUGUAUGAGGCUAGCAACUACCUUGAGGUUACAGAAGGCCUACAGCGAUUUAAUAAUCCCGGGGCUAAGUUAUCAGCAGGACAUGAACUCGGCUGCGUGUGGUACGCUGUUACAUGUGUGCAGGCAAGGCAGCAAGAGCUGUCCCCCUUGGAUAUGGAGACGAGAGAGUCACUGGCAAACAUCUCUGCUGACCCUACGCUCAACCAUACCAAUGAGAGCAGAGCCUAGGAAGAAGAAAAAAGUGGAUCCUAAAAGGGAACAAGCAAUACGGGAACGUAUGAAGAAAAAGUUAAAGAAACUGGAGCGAAUCCCUCCCCAACUCAUCCCCAUUGAGGAUUUCAUAAAGCCUGCAAAGUUUCUAGAUGAAACCAGAGUGAGGACCCCUCCUCAAAUAACACCAGAAGAGCAGGAAAGAAGAGCACUGUUAAUGAAGACAUGGGCAUUAAGCAAGCAACAAGAACAUGAGGCAGAAAACAGGGGACUGCAGUCACUCCUAGAAGCUCAGGAAGAGGCUCUUCGUGAACUGCGUCUCGAGUCAGAGGAGUUGUACAACGCAGCUAUACUCACUGAUCCAGGAUUGCUUCCUUUAGAAAGUCAGGGACCCUGUAACACUCCUCCUGUACCUCAGUAUAAUGCACCUGAUGGGAAGUACAAUGAUGUCACUAAAGUGUACACACAAUAAGUCUGCAUUCAUAGUAGAGGCAAUGCCGUAUCUCAGCAGGGGAGCAUGAACUGUUUUAAGUGCAAACUGAGAUAGGAGGGACUCAAAAGCUGCCUCAAAAAACCUUACCUUCAAUCCUCUAUUGUCAAUGUAUAAAUAUUGCUAGCAACAAAUAAAGUUAUAAAAA